AAUUGCGGCAGUUAUCGUGAAUCGACACGGUUUACUUUAUCUUAAUUUACAUAUGUAAAUAGAUGACCUUAAUCAAUUUUUCGCGUUACGUUAGACUCAAUAACUUGUAUAAUGCAUAGACCUUGAUAUCUAAUGCACUCUGCUAUCUUAAUUGUUGUUGACGACGCAAUCACGCCUUAUAAAACCUUCCACUUCCUUAAAUUCGCAUUUUCUGUACGACUACUCAAAGAAAAUAUAACCAUGAUUUUCCGAUUAUUGUUAAUUUUAACAACCGCGUCACUAGUGCACGGUUACAAAAUCCUGGCUUUGUUUCCACAUCGUGGCAAAAGCCACUUCUUAGUGUACUACCCCUUAGUGGAAGCUCUAGCCAAAAAGGGACACGACGUAACAGUCAUGGGUCACUACCCUCUCAAGACCCCCAUCCCCAACUACCGCGACGUUGUUCUCCACGAAGAAAUACCAACAAUUCCUGGGAAUCUGGGCGACUUCACGGGAUCGUGGUUACAGAGAUGGUUCACCCUCCUCAUGCUAGAUAAACUGGCUGAAGCUUCGUGCACCCAAGCUUUUGCUUCAUCGGUCGUCAAAGACUUUCUCAAAACAGACGAAAGGUUCGAUGUGAUCAUCACGCAAGCUUUCAAUAGUGAGUGUUUUGCGAGUUUUGCGAACAAAUUCAAGGCACCUACUAUUGGAAUCUCGACUUGUAUUAUACCCCAUUGGAUUAGUGAAAGGGUUGGGACCCCUACAACUCCUUCGUAUAUACCCAACGUCCACAUGGAACACUACGACCGGAUGCCCUUUUUGGCCCGAGUUGAAAAUCUAGUGCUAGGAGUGCUGCAACAACUGUAUUACAAUAGUGUGAUGAUGAAGUACGGAGAAGAUAUUGCGAAAGAGUACUUUGGGGAAGACUCACCCUCUCUUAUGGACAUCACUUUGAACACUAGCUUGCUUCUAGUGAAUAGCCACUUCAGUCUUACUCUGCCCAGGCCUACAGUGCCUGCUUUAGUCGAAGUGGGGGGAAUGCACAUAGGACAAGUUAAAAAAUUACCAACAGACCUCGAGAAAUGGAUAAACGAAUCCACCCACGGCGUUAUUUACUUCAGCUUGGGAUCCAUGAUCAAAGGGCACACGUUCCCCGACGAGAAAAGGCAGGAAUUUUUGAAAGCUUUCGGACGUUUGCCGCAACGAGUCCUUUGGAAAUACGAGAACGACACGAUGCCGGGGAAACCAGACAACGUAAUGAUACAGAAGUGGAUGCCGCAACUUGACAUUCUCUGCCAUCCGAACGUGAAAGCCUUCAUAUCGCACGGAGGACUCUUGGGGACCACGGAGGCGGUGCAUUGCGGAGUGCCGGUGAUGGUGAUGCCGCAGUAUGGAGACCAGUUCACGAACGCGAAAGCCCUGGAGGCCAACGGUGGAGGGGUGAUUUUGCAUCUGUACGAGGCCACGGAAGAGAAGGUCUACGACGCGCUGAAGACCAUUUUGGAUCCUAAGUUUAAGAAGCAGGCCGAGGAGCUGUCUACGCGCUUCCGCGACCGCCCCAUGCCGCCCCUCGAAACCGCCAUCUACUGGGUGGAAUACGUGGCGCGUCACCGCGGAGCCCACCACAUGCGUACAGCCGCCGUGGGAAUGCCCCUUUACAAAUAUCUCCUUCUGGAUGUGAUCGCCUUCCUGUUGUUGGUCUUCGGGCUCGUUUUUGCCGCCUCCUUCUACGUCACCAGAGCCAUCUUUAGAAAAUUGUUCGGCAAAAAAGACAAACAAAAAGGCGAUUAAUCGCAAUGCUGUUGUGUAGCGUGUAAAAUUUAGUAGGGAAAUAAAAACGUCCAAUUUAUAAAA